AUGUUGCGGCAGCUGCUGAACAUACCUCCCCACGUCCCUCUCAACUUACAUGCGAUCCCAGACCCUCCGCCCGGCGAGAAACCGAAGCAACCGUAUCCCGUCCUGGUCCAGUUGGCGAUAUAUGGAAGUCGUAACAAGAGGCUUACCUUGCAGGAGAUCUACGCUGCGUUAGAGGAGAGAUUUGAUUGGUUCAAAGAAAGGAGCAACGAGAUGCAGUGGAAGAACUCGAUCCGUCAUAAUCUCUCACUGAACAAGGUCUUCAGACAAGUUCCUCGUCCCAUCACCGAGCCAGGCAAAGGCAAAUACUGGAUCGUUGAUCUUUCCGAGGGCACUGGCAACAAGCGCGAACGCAAGCGGAACAGGAAGAAGAAGACUCAGUCAUCCACGGGUGACGCUGAGCAAGAUUCCAGUGGCGAAGAGAGUGAA